GGCAACCAAACCGAGCAAUAAGAGAAAAAUGCGGUACGAUAUUACAGUGCAGGACCACAAACGCUAUACUCUUCUCUCUCAAUCCCUUCCUCUCUAUUUGCCUCUCUCUCUUUCUCUACACUUGCGGAUUUUGAUUCGAUUCCUGUGGAAAUCCUAACUGACUCUGAAAUUAAAAUGGAAAAAUUUAUUGAUUCUACCACCACCACGGAGGUCACCGUCAGGAAGACUCCAGAAGGCGAGGGAUCGGAGAAGGAUGGGUCCGAUAGCAGUGGCAGUGGUGGUUCUGUUCUAGAGGACAAGGAGAAAGGGAGUAGCGAGUAUUUUGGUUGGGUUUAUCAUUUAGGUACCAAUUCUAUUGGCCAUGAGUAUUGUCACCUUAGAUUUCUGUUUAUAAGAGGCAAAUAUGUUGAGAUGUACAAUCGUGAUCCUCAUGAAAAUCCUGACAUUCAGCCCAUUAGGAGGGGUGUCGUAGGGCCUACAUUUAUCGUGGAGGAUCUAGGGCGUCGAGAGGUGAAUAAUGGGGAUCUUUAUGUUCUAAAGUUUUACAAUCGAUUGGACGAGACAAAAAAAGGAGAAAUUGCUUGUGCUUCAGCUGGAGAAGCUCGGAAGUGGAUGGAAGCAUUUGACCAUGCAAAGCAAUGUGCUGAAGAUGAGCUCUUAAGAGGAGGUAGUACCAGAAACAAGUUGAACAUGGAGACUGAGAUCAAUUUGGAAGGACAUCGGCCUAGAAUGAGGCGUUAUGCACAUGAAUUAAAAAAGCUUAUAAAAAUAGGGCAAGGUCCGGAGAUGUUGUUGCGUCAAUCAUCAGAUUUGCAAGCUGCUAUGAGGUCGGACAGAUAUUUUGAGGGGGAGAUUGGAGAUGCAGUUGAAGCACAUGAAUGGAAAUGUGUUCGUACAAUAAAUGGUGUUCGAUUCUUUGAGGAUGUGUCUGAUUUCAAGAAUGGUAAAGGUGUUCUUGUAAAGGCUGUUGGCGUUAUUGAUACAACUGCUGAUACUGUUUUUGAAGUAAUUUUAAGUGUUGAUCGGCAUCAAAGAUAUGAAUGGGAUACUUUGACAGGUGACUUGGAGCUGGUAGAUUCUUAUAGUGGACACUAUGAUGUUGUCUAUGGAACACAUGAUCCACAAUAUCUUACUCGGUGGCAAUCCAAAAGGGACUUUCUCUUCUCUAGGCAAUGGUUUAGGGGUCAAGAUGGGACAUAUACAAUCUUACAAUUUCCAGCUAUACAUAAGCAACGGCCUCCUAGGUCUGGAUAUCGACGUACAAAAAUUAACCCUUCUACUUGGGAGAUUCGAAAUUUAAACACACCCAUGGGUUCAAAUACCAUGAAAUGUAUUGUGACACAAACAUUAGAGAUAAAUCAGGCAGGAUGGUUUAGAUGGAAGACAAAUCAUUGCUCAAAGUUUGAAAAGACUAUUCCUUAUGCAUUGUUGUCCCAAGUGGCAGGUUUGAAGGAAUACAUUGGGGCAAAUCCAGCUGUGAAAUCUAUAUUCGCCACUACGGUUGUCCAUUCAAAAGCUUGUGAUGAUUCCAUCCGUAUUAGUGAAUAUGAGGAUGCAGAAAUAAAUGAUGAGUUCUAUGAUGCAAUUUCGGCCGAUUCAUUAUCAUCAGAAGAGAGUGAUGAUGAAGAUGAACCAACAAAUGAGCAGGACAAGAAGGUGAAAUUGAAGAAUGUUGCAUGGGCAAUCACAAGCUUAGCUUUGAAGCGAACUUCAGUUAUGGAUGCAAAUAAGGAAUUAGAUCCUAGUGAAGCUGCAAUUGAUAUUGAUCUAAGCCAAUUCCAGGGCUCCUUACCCGAAGGGAAGGAUGAGAAGGACUCAAAUUGUUGGACUUCUCCAGGUGGAAUGGGAUUUAUGAUCAGGGGAAAGAAUUAUCUAAAGGAUAAUUCUAAGGUAAUGGGUGGGGAGCCCCUUCUCAAGCUCUUAGCUGUUGAUUGGUUCAAAGUUGAUAGUGCUAUGGAUAAAGUUGCAUUGCAUCCCAAGUGUCUAGUACAGACAGAGGCAGGGAAGAAGAUCCCGUUUAUCCUUGUCAUUAAUCUUCAGAUUCCAGCAAAACCAAACUACAGUAUGGUGCUCUACUAUGCUGCAGAUAGGCCAGUAAAUGAAAGUUCUUUGUUGGGUAAAUUCAUUGAUGGGACAGACAUGUUCCGCGAUUCAAGAUUUAAGCUAAUUCCAAGUAUCAUUGAGGGGUAUUGGAUGGUCAAGCGUGCUGUUGGGACCAAAGCUUGCCUCUUGGGGAAAGCUGUAACCUGCAAGUAUCACAGACAAGAUAAUUUUCUUGAGAUUGAUGUAGAUAUUGGAUCAUCCGCAGUAGCAAGGAGUGUAAUAGGGCUUGUUCUUGGAUAUGUCACAAGUUUAGUUGUUGAUCUUGCAAUUUUGAUAGAGGCAAAAGAAGAAGCAGAGUUGCCUGAAUAUAUACUUGGUACUGUUCGACUAAAUCGUGUGAGAGUUGAGACUGCAGAACACUUGGAGGCUUAGGAUUAUCGUUUGUCAAUAUUCUUAUUCAUCAUAUUAAUUCUCCUUUAUUAAUGUUGUUGUUUAAUGGAGGCAUAUCAUAUCUUUUCACAUUUAACCAAUUUAGUCAUGGAUUAUUAGAUGUAACUACAAGGAUUUUUGGCUUUCACAAUAGUGAUAUAUGUACAGAAAAGUAUUAUUGUAUCUACCACCCCCCAAUAAAAAGAUGUAUAAACAGCCUCCCUUACUGCGGGUUGGAUGAUUGGUUCACUUGUGAAAUUAGGAAUAAACUUAAAAAGUUUACAUUUGUUGUCUA